AUGGAGGUUCACCAGGCAGUGAAGGAUAAUAAUCUGAGCUUUUGUGCUAUUCUGGAGUCUCAUGUGGAUAUUGGUAACUUGGGUAAAGUGUGUAGGGCUGUUUUUAAGAAUUGGGAUUGGACUUCUAAUGGGAGUCAGUGUUCUAAGGGUGCUCGUAUCAUAGUUGGUUGGAAUCCGGCGAUUUUAGAUGUUAUGGUUUUAAAUCAGACGGACCAAGUGAUGCAUGUUCAAAUAGUUUUUAAAACUGAUAAGAAAGUUUUAUUUUGCUCGGUGGUUUAUGCUGCGAAUGUUCACACUCAUCGGAGGGAGUUAUGGAAUCAACUUUCUAUUCAUAAGGGGCUUGUUAAUAGUAACCCUUGGGUGAUCAUGGGGGAUUUUAACAAAGCUCUCAACCUUGAGGAUAAAUCCAUGGGUGCCUCGUCUUUUACAGCUGGUAUGCGUGAUUUUCAAGAAUGCGUGGCUGAUAUUGAAGUUUUUGACAUAAACAGAACGGGGCUACACUUUACUUGGAGCCAAAAGCCCAAAAAGGGUAUCGGUCUCCUUAAGAAAAUUGACAGGAUCUUGGGUAAUACCCCUUUUGUCGAUGAGUUCCCUGAUUCGGUUGCCAUGUUUAAACCCUAUCGUAUUUCGGACCACUGUCCUUGUAUUCUAAAGUUGCAGGUAGCGAAUAAAACUAAGCCUAGAGCUUUUAAAUUCGCUAAUUUUCUGAUUCACAAACCCGGGUUUCUUGACAUAGUGAACCGGGUUUGGGAGUCCCGUAUUAAUGGAGUCCAUCAAUUUUGUGUUGUUAAGAAGCUUCGGAUGCUAAAGUCCCCUUUACGGGCCCUUCUAUUCAGGCAAGGUAACUUACACAAAAAGGUUACUGAACUUCGUGGUCAACUAGAUGGUAUUCAACGUGAUAUGGAUCGGGAUCCGAUGAAUGAGGAGCUUAGAGUGGAGGAAGCAAAAGUUUUGCGUCUUUUCCAGGAGGCUUGUCUUGAUGAAGAACGGUUCCUAAAGCAGAAAUCUAAGGUUGACUGGUUGAUGGCGGGUGAUGCCAACACUGCGUUCUUUCAUAUGUCUUUAAAGUGUAGGAAUCAUAUAAGUCGAAUAGAUGUCAUAAGCGAUUCUAGAGGUACAAUGUUUGAGGGUGUUAAUGUUCCUAAAGCUUUUGUGAAUCAUUAUGAGAAUUUCCUUGGCUGUAAAGGAGGGGUGUCUCUUUGUCCGGCUCCUGAUCUUUUUACUAAGACUUUGAGCCAUGGGGUUGCUACUAAUAUGGUCCGGCGAGUUACCACGGAGGAAAUCAAAAAGGCCAUGUUUGAUAUUGGGAAUGAUAAAGCUCCGGGUCCUGACGGGUAUACGGCUGCAUUUUUUAAGAGCGCUUGGCAUAUAGUAGGGAGUGAAGUCUCAGAUGCUAUUCUGGAUUUUUUUUAA